AUGUCGUUGUUAUCGGCGGAGGCCAUGCUGGAUCUGAGGCCUGCGCUGCUGCUGCGCGAGAAAAUCGAUACGAUCGGUACAUGCUCCUGCAACCCUUCUUUCGGCGGCAUUGGAAAAGGUAUCAUGAUCAGGGAGGUCGAUGCUCUUGACGGUGUCUGUGGGCGCAUCACGGACAAAGCUGGUAUCCAGUUCCGGGUGCUUAACAGAAGUAAAGGACCUGCUGUUUGGGGCCCUAGAGCUCAGAUAGACAGGAUAUUGUACAAGAAGUACAUGCAGGAGGAGCUUAAAUCUUAUCCUAACCUAGAGAUUGUUCAAGGGAGCGUUGCAGACAUUGUGGUGGACCAGGCGCCGAAUUGGCUACACCUGGAUGAAGAAGGCCACUACGGGAAGAUCCAGGGAAUUAAGCUUGAGUCUGGAGAAAUUAUAAAGACGAAAAAUGUAGUAAUCACCACGGGUACCUUUCUCGGCGGGGAGAUCCAUAUCGGUAUGGAUGUAUUCCCUUCGGGGCGCAUGGGGGAGGCCGCUACUUUCGGCCUAUCAGCAUCCCUUAAGGCUGCCGGUUUCAAGAUGGGACGUUUAAAGACUGGAACGCCGCCCCGUCUUGACGGACGCACUAUCGACUACAAGAAUCUUCUCCCGCAGUAUGGCGAUGAACCGCCAAUGCCGUUCAGUUAUCUCAACGAGCGUGUGCAGAUUGAGGAGCAGAACCUCUGCCACUCAACCAACACCGUACCGGCCACUCACGAUAUCCUUCGUCAGCACCUUCAUGAGUCCAUCCACAUUCGUGAGACAAUUAAGGGACCGCGAUAUUGCCCUUCUCUUGAGUCCAAGAUCAUCCGUUUCUCCCACAAGGAAAACCACAUAAUCUGGCUCGAACCAGAAGGUGUAACAGACCACGUAGUAUAUCCUAACGGGAUCUCCAUGACCGUUCCUGCCGCAGUUCAAGAGCGCCUCCUUAAGACCAUCCCAGGACUCGAAUCGGUAAACAUGCUACAGCCCGGGUAUGGCGUUGAAUACGACUACGUCGACCCACGGCACCUCCGUGCAACCCUGGAGACAAAGCCCAUCAAAGGCUUGUUCCUCGCUGGGCAAAUCAACGGAACAACCGGUUAUGAGGAAGCAGCUGCACAAGGUGUCGUUGCAGGAAUCAACGCGGGCUUGUCCGCGUUAGGGAAGCCACAGAUGAUCAUAAGUAGAAGUGACGCCUACAUCGGCGUCAUGAUCGACGAUCUCAUCACGAAGGGCGUCAGUGAGCCAUAUAGGAUGUUCACCUCGCGCAGCGAGUUCAGGAUGUCUGCACGGGCCGAUAAUGCAGAUGUACGGCUGACGCCCAUGGGCCGUGCGCAUGGCGUUGUGGGGGAUAAAAGAUGGGCCCAUUACGAGGGUGAGACAUCGCAGAUGGUGGAUCUGCGGACAAAGCUUGAGACUACCGUUUUCGGUUCCUACGAGUGGGCGCGGCGCGGUCUCGGCGUGAACAAGGACAGCGAGAAGCGAAGCGCGUUCCAACUGCUCAGACUAGCAGGCGUAGAUAUGGCGAAACUUGUCGAGGUCGGUGUAUUGGAGAAGGACCAGUGGUCAGAAAACAUUAUGCGAAGAGUUGAAAUCGAAGGUGUUUAUGAGCCGUAUGUAGUACGGCAGGCCAGUGCUGUUAAGAUGUUUAUGAGAGAUGAGGCUUUGCGUCUACCACCGGAUUUGGAUUAUUCCCAGGUUGUCGGAUUAUCAACAGAAGAAAGGAUUCUCCUCAACGAGGUCCGACCAGAAAGCAUUGGCCAAGCCAGACGUAUUGAAGGGAUAACCCCCACCGGUUGCAUCCGCCUCCUCCAGUACGUCGAGAAAAAGAAACGCCUAGAGGCCAAAGCUCUAGUAACCGAGAGCGAGAGAGCGAGAAGGAGCGCACUAGGUGUUGAAAAGCUGGAGAGGUCGCCAGAUGACCUAUUUGUGUAA